AUGGGCAAUGUGCCACUUCUUAAUAGUCCUAUAUACAAAAGACACCGUGCAGAGUAUGAAAAAAACAGAAUGGGUGUCAUUACUUUCUCCGAGGAAUACACUUACUCUAUCCCUCCAGCAAGGCUGUUCAAGGCCUCGGUUCUUGACUCUCACUACCUGUUUCCCAAGCUCUUGCCACAAGCUUUCAAAAGCAUUGAAAUUCUCCAAGGCAAUGGAGGAACUGGAAGGAUCAAGCAAAUCAACCUUGCAGAAGGAAAGAAUGUCAGUUAUUUAAAGUAUAAGAUUGAUGAGCUUAAUGAGGAGACAUACACCUACAAUUACACAUUGAUUGAAGGUGAUGCCUUGUCUGCAAAUCUUGAGAAAAUCAGUUACGAAGUGAAAUUUGAAACAUCACCCAGUGGCGGUACAGUUGCCAAGAUGACAAACACGUAA